AGCGUUUGUGAGACUUUACUACGAUUUUGUCGGCAUCUUCCGGCGCCAUGGCCAGCAAAGACGAACCAGUGAAAACCGAAAUAAAGAGGAAAAGAACGAUAAGGAAAGAAACCACGUCGAUUGCAGCGUCAGGAGAUAGCAAGAGGAUAAAAAGUGAUGCCGCGGUCAAGGAAAGUAAGAGUGGCCUUUUCUUUGCUGAGGAAGAAGAGGUAGAUAGCCGGAAUCCACAGAAUGACCUUACAACCUUCAGAAAAACAUGUGAAGAAAUAAGAACAGCAAUGGCCGAGAUCAAGAAACUCAAAGAAAAAAAGGGCAAAGAUUAUUCUGAAGAAAUCGAAGAAAAGAAGAUAAAUGCUCUCCUUCAGUUUGUGGUCCUGAAAAAACUGAAUCGCUUGGCUCAUGUGCGGUGUAAGAAAGUGCGAGAUGCCACCAGUGAGACCAAACAGAGAAUAGACCAGUAUCACCUACAGCUACAGAACCUCCUUUACGAGACCAUGCACCUCGAGAAAGAGAUCACACGCUGCCUGGAAUUCAAAUCCAAAGAUGAAGAAAUAGAACUUGUGUCAGUUGAUGAGUUCUAUCAAGAGGCACCAAAAGAUAUUUCACGCCCGGAGGUGACAAAGUCCGACAGCCAUCAGAAAACACUUGCCCGACUUGACUGGGAACUAGAACAGAGGAAGCGUCUGGACCUGAAGCUGAAGGAAGCCAAGGAUAACAAAGAGAAGUUGGAACAGGAAAUAAAGACAAAACAGGAAUACUUAGAAAAUCUACAGCCGAAACUCAACACAAUAUUACAGUCCACCAAGCCAGUACAGGAGUACCUGGGGAUGCCAUUUGACCAGAUCCGGGAGCAGCAUCAGACGGCAUGUCACCUGCCACAUCCUCUCUAUGUCCUGUAUAUGCAGUCAAGUGCCUACAAACAGGCAUGUGACAAACACCUGGAAGUGAGGAUUGAGGGAGAUUUACAGGCAGCAAAGUCCAUAAAGAGUUCAGUGACAGAGAUCGAUGAAGACAGUGAUAGUGACCAGGAGGAACAAGAUAAGCCAGCAUCUAAGCGCCGCAGGAAAACCAGUGACAGUCGUGUAUCAGAUCGAAAGAACCGUGCCUUACAGCGCCAUCCUCUUGCCGUUGUCAUGGAAAUCAGUUGUCGGGACGGAGGCUGCCUUCACCUUACAUUUCACUACCAAAUGUCACUAGAGAUUAUCACUGUUGAUACCAAGUUUCAGCCCAGCCCAGACAAUGUCACAUCAUCCAUCAGUGGAGGGGACCUACUGUCAGCAGAAUCAGUCCUUAAUGACAUCUACCCUGGUGACCAUGGAAACACAACACCUAAUCCAGCCAAUCAGUAUGAACUUCGCAGACUGGGCUUGAGAGACUUCACCCACUACAUUCCUGAGUUAGGUCGUCCUUUCCUUUGGGCUCAGUGGCUGGGUGGUCUACAGUUCCUGGACCAUGACAGUCCCCUCAAGGCCCAGAGCUCUAUCUCCUCUGCCCACAUGCAGCAGACGGUGAAACUGCUUCGCCGGAGGAUCAGGUCUCGGACAUCUCUGUUACAACAACUGGCAUCAUUAGAGCGUGGAUCUAUACAAGUGAACAAGGACUACCUCCCCUUGUUUCCUGCCAAAAUUGUUGCACGCCUGGUGUCAUGGAAGCGAUCAACAUAUGAGGACUUCAGUGUGUUGCCACACGCCCGCUCCGCCAUCACAGCUGGUCUGGCAGGAGAGUCCGAUCUGUACUUUACAGCCAUCAUGGAAAGGUCCUCAGCUAAGAUGACAGUCCAGGUGGUACUCACAGCCAAUUACCCAGAGGUGGUCCCUUGGUUUGUUGUCGGUGUUCAGUGGCAGACAAACAGGACAGCACUUAAUGACUCUCAUAUACAGGCAAUGGAAGAGGAGGUCAAUUUGCAUUACCAGGAAUUGAUGAAGGAAAAAUCACAUGACCAGAUCCUAUCCAAUCAAAUGCAACGUUUAAUGAUGUGCUUUGAUAUUUAUCUGGAGACAGAGGCUCAAAAUACAGAAAGUGAGGGUCCAAUGGAGAUCUCCAAGGAAAAGGUGUUCACCAGGGUAACCAGGGGCCCAAACCGUACCAAACCCUAUAUGUUCUGUCCAGAAGUGGGAAUCUUCACUCAUCGUUGAGCAAUUAAAUCACAUCUGUAAUUGGACGAAGGACCAGACCACUUAUGUGUAGCAACGGUUUCAUCCGUCAUGAUGUGGUUCUGUAAUACCUUACUGUGAAACCUGUCCAAACAGAACACCCUAUGGACCAGACUUUUCUUUUAGAAUGAUGUUUUAUGGGAUUUGAUAACUGUAUUUCACAUGAAUAAAGAGAAACCUUUAUGAAUGUCUGACUACUGAAGGUGUCCAGUAUUCACUUGUUAAGUUGUAGUAGUGCUCAUACUAAAGUGGAUCAUAGCUAC